CAUAGCUUUGGAGAAACUUCAACAGACGAAGGCUGUAAUGUCAGGAUUUUGCUGUGCGUCGUUCCCCUUCCCCCCGCCUGCAGUUCCCAGGGUAGGAAGGUGCUGAGAUGGAAGCCGAGGGACGCCCGCCCACCUGCCACCACCUGUUCCCUCCCUCAGCCCUCUGCUAUAAAUUCUCCUCCUUCAAAGAUUCAUCCAGCACUCUCCGACAGCUACUGUGGAAAAAGCGCUCCUUCUCUGAGCAUCUGAAAAGAUUUCGUCUUCCUGAAAAAGAAGUCUCGGGCUUUCCCAGAGGACUUGAAAGACCUUGCCCAAACCAGCCACACCAAAUUCUGCAGCAAGAAGGUUCCCUUCUCUUUUCCAACCUCACGUUGGGAAAAUGACUUUCUCUUCAGCACCUCAGUUUCCCCUAAAUUUGAGCAAGUGAAGAGACAUCAAUCUGGUUAUCCAGUAGGACGGAAGGCGGGGUCCCGUACUCCCCACUGUAAACUCUGAUUCCACACGAGUUGCUUUGUGUAUGACUUACUCGCUCAGAAGAGCCACAUUGGGGAGCGGCUCGAUAGACCGGCUCGCGCGCAGGUUCCUAAGCGGGCGAGUGAGCUCAGCGCCUCCCUCCUUCCGGCGGGGGAUGAAGUCCUGCAAGCCCAGCAACCCGGAGGCGGGAGCGCGCGCCGCGCCCCCGUGCGCAGGCGGCGCCGAGUGCGCGGGUGCGUGCGCUGGGGCUGGACGGCUGGAGAGCGCGGCGCGCAGGCGCCUGGCGGCCAACGCGCGCGAGCGCCGUCGCAUGCAGGGUCUCAACACGGCGUUCGAUCGCCUGCGCAGGGUGGUGCCCCAGUGGGGCCAGGAUAAAAAGCUGUCCAAGUAUGAGACCCUGCAGAUGGCACUGAGCUACAUCAUGGCGCUGACCCGUAUCCUGGCCGAGGCCGAGCGAUUCGGCUCGGAGCGGGACUGGGUCAGUCUCCACUGUGAGCACUUUGGCCGCGACCACUACCUUCCGUUUGCGGGCGCGAAGCUGCCGGGUGAGAGCGAGCCCUACGGCCAGAGGCUCUUCGCCUUCCAGCCGGAGCCCUUCCAGAUGGCCAGUUAGGGCGCGCGGCCCUGCCGGGGAGAGAUGCCCAGUGAUCGAGCUCCGGAGCCGUAGCCCUUUCCCCAGUAGGUGGCCAGGGAUGCAGUCUUAGAAUAAUGUAGCAAACUUUCAGGUUACUUUUAUUCGCGUCAGCGGUCUUACGGACACGAUUUUAUUGCCUUUCUCUUCCCUUACCAGUAUUUUGUAGAUUACAUUAAUGGAUCUUGUGAAUGGUUUUGAUUGCUGUGAAAAUAAUGCCCCUUCCCCCUUUUUUGGGACGACCUUGAGGGAAAACAAUCUUAAGAAAAAAUAGGAUUAGGCUAUACUGCAGUUUUAGUCCUCAGAGAAAUAAUAACUUUCUUAAACUUUGUAAGUUUGACCUGUUCGGGUGAAGUUACAAUAUCCAUUACUUGUGUAUGCUUAAA